ACGGUCAGACCUCCCGGCGUUUGUAAAACCCAUCCUCCAUAUUUGGUACCUUCCCCCACAAUCUCCAACUAUGGCUGACGAUAAGAAGAAGCGGAACAAGAAGAAGAAACGUGGUAAUGGUAACAAGAAGAAGAUGACCACUGAGCAAUCAGAGGCCUUUAAGUCCGUCACCGAUUGGCUCUUCGUAGGUUCUUCUUCCCCAUCUCUCUCCUCUUCCUCUGAUGACUUUGCCGUUACCAUCGAUUCUGGUUCUUUGAGAUGUGGAGACAAAUUGGUGUUCGAGCUUCACUCUCAUUCAAAUCGCAGCGAUGGGUUUCUAUCGCCGUCAAAGCUCGUGGAGAGGGCUUAUAACAAUGGGGUGAAAGUUCUUUCUUUAACGGAUCAUGAUACGAUGGCUGGUAUCCCGGAAGCAGUGGAAGCAGGACGUAGAUUCGGUAUCAAGAUCAUUCCGGGUAUUGAGAUCAGCACAUUAUUCGGUUCUAGAGACUCUGGGUCUGAGGAGCCAGUGCAUAUACUUGCGUACUAUGGCACUUCCGGUCCAGCAAUGUAUGAUGAGUUGGAAGAUUUCCUGGUGAAGAUAAGAGAUGGGCGUUUCAUUCGCGGGAGAGAAAUGGUCUUGAAAUUGAAUAAGUUGAAGAUACCUCUAAAAUGGGAACAUGUCACCAGGAUUGCAGGCAAGGAUGUUGCUCCAGGUAGGAUGCACGUUGCCCGAGCGCUUCUUGAAGCAGGAUACGUGGAGAAUUUGAGACAAGCUUUCACUAAAUAUUUACAUGAUGGUGGACCAGCUUAUGCCACAGGGAGCGAGCCUAUGGCCGAGGAAGCAGUAAAAAUUAUAUGCAAAACCGGUGGUGUAGCUGUUCUUGCACAUCCGUGGGCGUUGAAGAAUCAUGUCGGUGUUAUUAGGAGAUUGAAAGAUGCUGGACUUCAUGGGGUCGAGGUUUAUAGGAGCGACGGCAAGUUAGAAGUGUUUAGCGAGUUGGCUGAUACAUACAGUCUGCUAAAGCUAGGAGGAUCAGAUUAUCAUGGAAAAGGUGGACGCAAUGAAUCAGAAUUGGGGAGUGUAAACCUUCCCAUGACGGCAUUGCAGGAUUUCUUGAACGUUGGACGUCCUCUAUGGUGUGAGGCCAUUAAAGCUACGAUGAAAGCAUUUCUUGACCAACCAUCCGAUUCAAACCUCUCCAAUAUCUUAAGGUUCGAUAGGGCAAGGAUUCUGAAAGGAAAUUCAGCUUGGUCCUGUGGUAAGGAGUUGAUGGACCGAUGUUUAGCGAUUUGGUUGACGAGUGAUGAGAGGAAAAGCAAUGACUUUGAGGCUCUCAGAUUGAAGCUCUCUUUUGUACCAAUCAUGUCAAACGGAUCAUGUGUCACAGUUGGUCCUUAAUUUUUGGUCUGGUCUCUUUUUAUCACUCAUUUCCUACCAAUACGCUAUUUACACACGAA